AUGGCUGCAGCCUCGAAAGUUAAGCUGAAACUUUUGAUUGACACCAAAAAUCAAAGAGUACUAUUUGCCGAAGCUAACAAGAACACGGUUGAUUUCCUUUUCUUUAUCCUUUCUUUGCCUCUGGGUACUGUUGUAAGGCUUCUCAGCAACAAAGGAAUGCUGGGUUGCUUGGGCAAACUAUACGAGAGUGUUGAGAAUCUAGAUGAGAAUUACAUACAGCCCAACCAAAGCAAAGGCACACCUCUCAAGCCAAGACCACCCGCUUCCUCUGCUGCGUCGACUCCUCUAUUGUCCCUAACGUGCAGCGAAACGAUUGAAAAAGCUACUUACACUUGUUCCAGGGGUUCGGGUUAUUGA